UUGAAAUGUCUGAAGCGCAACUGGAACAUGUUUCUACUGUUGAAGACUUGGCUCCAAGCUUGGUGGCUCUUAGGGUUAGCCUUUGCCCAAGUCACAUGAAUGAGGGACAAUUUUGGUUGAUAUAUUUUAUUCUGUUGUACCCAAGGCUGAAUGAACAUGAUUCCAAGCUUCUAUCAACUUCACAGGUUAUUGAAGCAAGAGACUUUUUGCUUCAGAAAGUGCAUGAGAGAGUGAAUGAACAAGUGGGGGGAGGCUCUAACAAUGAUGAUUCAUCAAUAGAAGUGAGUGAUAAGGAUACUAAAAUUAAAGAAGAGAGCAACGCAAUUCAGGAAAAGGAGGUUUUGGCAGAGACUCUGAAUGCACAUCUCAUAGAAACUGGUGAACAGGAAAUCUCUGAACAAUGGCUUGAGGAAGAAGAUGAGACGGACACUUCUAUUGCACCGCAGAACAAACUUGGAUAUGAUGAGGAUGUUUCCUUCAGCGAUCUGGAGGAUGAUGAUGAUACAUCUAGUAGACAAUGGGCCUUGAAUACAGAAAAGGAUGUAGGAGUUUCCUCACCAAAUGUCUCCAAUGAGUGGUUUCAACUGAGUGAAAAUUCCAAUUCUCGGGAGAAAAAGGUAGUCCAACCAAUUUCUCGGGAGAAAGAUUCAGAGGGUGAGGAGUCGAAUGACUGGCUUACUGUUGAUGGUUACGAUUGACAGCAUAGGCACUAUGUGAAUAGUUCAUGUAAAGUUCGAUGCCUUUUUUUCUUGUUUAUACUUCCAGCUUUGAAUCUGCAAAAUAACCAUCUGUAUCUAGAUUAAUAAUCAAAAUGAAUUGACAUGAUCAAUCACUGGAUAUUGUAGACCGAAUUUGAUGAAUCAUUUAUGCAUAUUUUGUAUAUAGUUACUGUUGGGUGUGCA